AGGACCCAAACGGAAAAAAGGGUAGGGACAUGCUAUAUAGCAAGGCUAGAACAAGAAGCUGGUCAUCCCCCGCGUUUUUAUCCACCUCGCUUUCCUUCACUUGGUUUCUAAUACGCAAUUCGCGGGGAACCCAAAACCCUAAUCCUCUCUCUCCACGCCGCCAGAGAGCCGUGUGGGAGCUCGGUCCUCGGACUUCUGCAUCGAUCUCUGCUAUGAGUGCUAUCUAGGUUUCUCAGAUGGGUGACCUCAAGGAGGUUUUCCGCUCCCUCCAAGAACUCUUCCCUGAGGUUGAUCAUCGUAUACUAAAGGCUAUCGCAAUUGAGCAUCGUAAAGAUGUUGAUUCCGCGGUUGUUACUGUUCUUGAUGAAGUCAUGCCGUUCAUGACGGGUUCAGCUGGAGUGGAUGGUUCUGUUGGGAAUUUGUCAUCUAUGGAUGGUUCUGUUGGGAAUUUGUUUGGUAAUCACAGCACACAUGAAGUGGGAAGUUCAUCAUCUGUUUGGCGUGAUAUAUGUAUCAAUGAGAUUGAUGCAAGUGUUUACUCUGUGCAAUACACUUCUUAUGGGGAUGUCAAAACUGGCAAGCAAGAAAACAUAAACAACACAUAUGUGGGAAGACUUGCAUCAAUCGAAGGGGUCAAUGAGCAACUAAAUCUACAUUCUUAUCCUAUCCCAAAUGGUGGUCAACAUGAUUUGCUUCCCAACCUUGAUGUGCUAUCUUCAAAUACCGAUCCAGAGAAAACGUUGGCCAACACAGAUAAUGAAGUUGGAUACAGUGGAUUAUUUAGUGAAUGUUUUUCCCAACCACCGACAGGGGAAGAUGGUGGUAAUAUCAUAGCCCCACAACCCUGUGAUCAAGAUCCUAAUGGCAUGAUUCCAGUUGGGGAUUACUUUCCACAGAACAGUUCAAUGGAGUUCUUCAGUGGCUAUGAGGACUACAAUUUUGAUGACGGCCUUUUGCCUAUUGGUUCUAAUGAUCAAAUAUCUUUUCGAAUUUUGGGUACUGAAAAAGAUCCUUUUGCGCCUGUGCUAGAUGUUCCUGGUCGAGAUAAAGAAGAAUCAUCCACUGAGACUUCUGGAUUUAUAGAAUCCUCCAAUAAUGUUGCAGAUAUGCUUCCUGAUCUUAAUCUGAACCAUUUUACUUCUACGGCUUCAACUCACUCAAACCAUUCUGUUAGUAUUGAGUCUCUUGAGGAUUCUGUUGCUGAUGCCAGAAGCAAUAAGGAACGUGCUGCCCAUGCCGUCGUCCUGAUGCUGUUGCUCGGAUUUGACCGCAGACGCCUCCAAGUCCAAGGUGACACUGUACAGUACGGCUGUAGUGUCGAGGGUGCUGUUCUCGGCUCCUUUGAUAAUGAUCUGUUACCUUCUAUAGAAUUGGUUACAAAAAUGAUAGAGGAUGUUGAGCUUCUAGAAGAAAAGGCUAAAGUGGCCAAACAUGAAUUGUCCGUUGCUGGGACAGGCAUUCUGGCAAAAGUUGAGGAGCUCAGAGAAAUGAUAACUUAUGCGAAGGAAGCAAAUGAUAUGGUCUUCCCCUCUAACCCACAUGCUGGUAAGGUUUUAGGCGAGAAAGCUAUUUUAACCACAGAGGCACGUGAGCUUCUAUCACGACAUCAGAGGCUUUCGGAUGAGAGGAAUAAAUAUCUGGUGAUAAUUGAAGAGAUACACCAAAUUCUUGCUGAAAGAUUGGUUGCUGCACAACAAGAAAUUGCAGCAGCUGAGAAAGAAAAUGCUGAAAAGGAGGCUGCUGCUCAGGCAGUACUCGAUGAACAGGAAAAAAUGAUGAAUUCUAUCGUAGAAGAAUCAAGAAAGCUGCAGAAAGAAGCUGAGGAGAACCUGAAGCUGAAGGAAUUCUUGGUUGAGCGCGGUCAAAUUGUUGAUAUGCUGCAAGGUGAGAUGGCUGUGACAUGUGAGGACGUUUCGUUGCUCAAGCGAGUGGUAGAUGAGCGCCUACCGUUGAGCAAGUUGCAGCGCUCAGCUAUGUCGAGCCUCUCUUCUUCACUGCAUUCUUCUCAUCACAAGAGCUGGACUUCCUCGGAUAAAGCCAUUAGAUCUCCAGAUAAGCACACCCUUGCUGAACCUGCAAGCCCAGUGGGGAAAGAUCUGGAUGGCAACGAGUGCACCGUGGAAGUGUCAGAUGGCAACGACAGUGGUGAAGGCAUUUUGAAGCGCGUGGAUUCCAAGGAGGAUGUCGAUGGAUGGGAGCUUUGCUGAAGAUGUUCAGGAAUAGCGGCGUUGCCAGAGGAUGCUGAAGCAUAAACUAACAAUAAUUGUGUAUAAACGCAUACUAGCACGGUGCUAAUCUAAUCGUUUUCACAUGAAUCGGGAAGUCUCGCUGGCUCACCACAGUUGUACGUGAGAUGAGUCCAACUGGCAACUGCAGCUUGAUGUGGUAUAUAUAAAAGUGAAGGUUUCAGCUCC